UUUUAACGUGCGGGGUAUUUGAAGCUUUUUAUUGGUGCCGUUAAUUAGGUGAAGGCACAUGCGCCAUACAUUUCGGUUUCCCCAGGAAAAAGCGAAGGCAAAAUGAGCAAAAGAGGACAAGGUUUGUUUACUUAUACUUUCAUUAUAAUUAGAAAAUGGCUUACAAAAUGAGGGGAAGGCAGGAGAAAUUAGGUGGAAAGCAUUACGAAAGAUUGAUUUUAUCUAGUAAAGAUGGCUUAAAUAGGAGCUUCAUUCUCCUGGUUUUCCAUUCUUCGCAAUACUAGCUUUCUGAAUUUUUGGCUCUGCAACCCCUUCUUGGACACUAGAGAUACUAGUCUUAUAUAAAAGGUUAUGAAGGAGUCUACUGCUUCCUAUCAUGGCGAUAGCCAACCGAAAGAUCAAAGUGUGGUCGAGCACAUUGUACCCUCCGAGACUAUCCAAACAACAGAAUUGGAAGUCAGUGAUGAUAUACUUGGCGAGAAGGAAGAAGAUACCACUCCUGAGUUAGAGAGUUGUCAACACUUGGAUAAUAAACAGGAAGAAAACUUCAAGUCAUUUGAUUCACUCUCUGCUUCUACUUCUUUUGACUCUCCUAACGAUAUUGAUUUUUCAGAGGUGCCUGGCGUCUCAAUUAAUCUUUUGAAAGAGAAGGAAGGACUGCUUGACCCAAUAGAACAUGAACUUGCUCAGUCAGACACAUUCCAAGAACCUCAACUGCAAUCGGCUGAAAAUAAAUUAAAAGACUCAUUUUCUCCUGCUCCAAAUUUUGCUCCUGCUUCCGAUCUAUCUGCGAAUUCUGUUCAUUCUUUACCUAAUGGCGCAUCUUCUGGAAAUAUGUAUUAUGGUUCUAACCCGUUUUACCCAGUUCAAAUCAUUCCUAUUGUCGAUAAUCCUUACUCAGCUCAUCCUGUUCAAUGUACUCCUUUUCAACCGAUUUCUUCUUCAUCUCCUCCAUUUGCUUCACAACCUCCGGAUCCAAAAGAUACUUCAAAUUUACCCUAUCAAGAACCAAGUUAUUUGGCCGACUUUAGAAUUUUAAUAUUGAGUAAUUUACCCUCUGAGUAUAAGAUAACCGAUCUUCUCUCGCAUAUUCAUGCGGGCCCUUUGGAAAGGGUUCAACAAAAGCAAGAAAAAAACAAGGUAAUAUUGUCUUUCUUAUUUGCAGAAGAUGCUAUCAAGUUCCAUGAAUGUUGUAAUCGUCGGAGAUUCCAAUUUCAUGGUCGCUCUUUGAAAGUUACUUUCGCCAGACCGAGCCGUCUCUCAGAAUCAGUAUACAAUGUUUGCAAUAAUAUGGCGGCGAGUAGAAAUGUCUUUAUUGGGAACUUUCCUGCUACUUUUGGGGAACAUGAGUUGGUUGAUCAUUUUGGCAAAUUCGGUGAAAUUGAUAAUGUGAAAAUCCUUUCCAAAAAGAACAUUGCAUUCAUUCAUUACCUAAAUAUCAAAGAUGCAAUUCGUGUCGUACAGACGUUGUCUUGUGAUCCAACUUAUCAUGCUUGGAGAAUUUUCUAUGGUAUAGAUCGCUGCGAGCAUCGUGGUGCAAGUACGUGCUCCUCUCCAUACGGUUCUCCUAAAUUUUCUUCGUCUUCCGUGUCUAUUAACUCCGAUCCUGAACUAAAAGAAUCUACUUCUGAGAUAUCUCAUAAACCUGACAUAGAAAACCGGACCGUUUUCCUAGGAAAUUUGGAUGCAAAAGUAAAAGAUUCCGAAAUAUGUGACCUCAUUUACUGCGGACCUCUACAAGACUUUCAUUAUAUUCCUGAGAAACAUAUAUGUUUCGUCACGUUUGUCGACGUUGCUGAUGCAAAAGCCUUCCACGCAUACAUUUCCAACGAAAUGGUCGUCCUUCAUGGGCGUCGUAUAAAGUCUGGAUGGGGAAAAGCAAGUGGCCCCUUACCACGUGUAUUAGAAACUUCUAUCUCUAUGGGUGCUUCUCGAAAUGUUUACUUUAGCAAAGUCAGUGACUCUCUUACCAAGAAGGAGUUGGAAUUGAUUUUACGGCAAUAUGGUGAAAUUGAAAGCAUUAAGUACUUAAAGCAACCAAAUACGGGAUUUGUCAGUUAUACGAAUAUCUCAAAUGGUAUGAAAGCAUUCCAUGGGUUACCUUUACAACCAGCUUUCCAGAAGAGUAAAAUACAGUAUGCUCGCGACCGAUGUGAUAAAUCUGACUCUUAUGUUUCGUCUACUCCAAGUAACUCUCCUUCAUUGAACGCGGGGCAAACACAACAGACACUUUUACCUCCUGCAAUCCCGUUUACCAUUCCUAUGUAUCCUCCUAUGUUUACGGCACCUUCGAAUAUCAAGUCGGACGCAUAUCCUUCUACUCCAUAUGUACCCCCUUUUGCUCCCUUUUCUAAUGUAUAUGCGUCUAUUCCUUCUUAUAACAUCCAGCAAUCAACUCAUAUGCAAAAUCCUAAAUGA